CCCAAGUCGACUAUUGAAGUGUUGAUGCGAGAGUAGACGUUUUAUUCACAUUUCGUUGUUUUCGGAUUAUAAACGUUAUGUUUGAACAUCAUCGCGGAUGUGUGUAAAAUCGGCUGGACAAGUAGUCACAUCAUUUAUCCGGUUUUCUACUCAAGGAAUGUUUUUUAUUUUAUUCUUCUUUUCAGCAACUCGAAGUGUUUUGCUUUUCCAGUAGGGCUGUUCAAGUAAGCCAGUUGGCUUUUAGGCUAUUUCUCAUAUAGCCUAGUUUUCCUAUGCAGGGAUAAGCCUUUCGUUUUCCGUGUGCUUUUCUUACGUCUUCCGGGGGAUUGUGAUUGUGGCAACUAUUUAGUCUGUAGAUUUCAUGUAACUGUCUUCGAGCUCAGCCCUGCGGGUUUUUGUACUGGGAUAAGGGUGACUAAAAAGUUAGGCUACUUGUCGUAAAUGGAUCGCCAUUACAGUCUCAUUUCCAUUUGGCUACAACUGGAACUCUGUGCCAUGGCUGUUCUUCUUACUAAAGGAGAAAUACGGUGUUACUGUGAUGCCCCUCACUGCGUGGCCACGGGCUACAUGUGUAAAUCUGAUCUAAACGCCUGUUUCACCAAGGUACUGGACCCUAUGAACACGAACUCUCCCCUCACGCAUGGGUGUCUAGAUCCCAUAGCGAACGCUGCCGACAUGUGCAGCGCUAAGAACACAGAUGCCCUGAGUGGGGGCUCGUCUAUGCUAGAGUGCUGUCACGAAGACAUGUGCAACUACAGAGGCCUUCACGACCUGGCUCACACCAGAGAAUCAACAGACCACGGCAGGUACCAGCCUGACAGCAACAACCGUCACCUGGUCACGCGGGUACAGGAGCUGGCCUCGGCCAAAGAGGUUUGGUUCAGGGCGGCGGUGAUCGCGGUGCCCAUUGCUGGAGGCCUCAUCCUGGUCCUUCUCAUCAUGCUGGCGUUACGGAUGCUCCGCAGCGAGAACAAGCGGCUGCAGGACCAGAGGCAGCAGAUGCUGUCGCGGCUCCACUACAGUUUCCACGGUCACCACACCAAGAAGGGUCACGUGGCGAAGCUAGACCUGGAGUGUAUGGUGCCCGUAACGGGCCACGAGAACUGCUGCCUCACCUGUGACAAGAUGAGACAGGCAGACCUGGGGAACGACAAGAUACUGUCUCUGGUACACUGGGGGAUGUACAGUGGGCAUGGGAAGCUGGAGUUUGUAUGACUUACUUUUCUAAGUUUGUUUGACUUGACUUAAUGUCCCCCCCACCCGGCCAAAAAACAGCCAAGACUGCCUCCUCUACUCGUUGGGUUUUCUCUUUUAACUUUAAAAAUGAAUCCCCCUUUUUGUCUAUUUUACUUAACAGUUUUUUUUUUUCAAUGGAGGAAAAAAAGAGGACUGAGCGCAAGCCUUGUGGUUUUUGCUAAAGGAGCACUUUACUUGAAAAUGAAAGGCAAACCAACGAGGAGCUGUAUUUAAACUUGAGAGGACAGGACUGACCGACAGACUGAGAGAGCUCUGUCAAGACCCUGUCUGCGUGUGGAACCUGGACUACACUGAGCGCUGAAGGAUUCCAAAUCUGUCUUAUUUGCACAUUUGUAAAAAAGUAAAAUAAGUUGUUUUGCUUAAAAAGAAGCUAAAUAGAAGAAGACUUUUACACUGACACCAGGGUACAAACAUUACUUUUUGAGGAGUAAAACAAAACAAAAAAGUUAAAUAAUUCAGUGUUGACUGUAGGUGUGCACACUCCUCCUCUGUGUACGUUUCUUGAUCCAAGCUUAUUGUAAAGAUUUUAAAUAUAUAUAUUUUUGUCUGAAAGAAA